AGCCUCCUCCAGCACUUCCUCUACCGCCCUGACUGAAUGCAGAUCACUUCCUGAAAGUCGAAGGGGUUCCUGUCUAUUACCAAUCCACUUCGAGUCAGGUUGGCAGUGAAAGAGUAAAGCAGCUGUUUAUCUGCAAGAGGCUGCUCUGACUAUCAGGCUACACCUAAUAAGGGUCUCAGCAGUGCUAAGAGGUUUGAACGACGCACACAGUCCUGCAGGGAAAACAUCCAGCAGCGAAUCAAGAUGAAGAAAACCGACACUCCGCUUCUCAAGCAGCAGUCAACGCCAUGCUUGAAAAACAUUCAGCGGCUGUUCCCAAAAAUAUCCAUGAGCGUGGCAGAUGAGAAAGUUCGGCUGAUGGCAGAGAAGGUGUACGCCUCUGCACUGAGACAGGAAGACACCAAGGAUGCCAUGGCUCUGUUCAAUGUGCCGGAGGACUGUCCCAUCGGGCUGCAUGAGGACCGGGAAAGAGAGCUGCAAAAGGAGCUGGCUGAGCAGCACUCUCAGGAAUCAGUUAAGAGGAAGAAGACCUUUUUGCUGAAGCGCUCCAAGUCCAUAUCAUUACAGUUUCCCGAUGACUGGAAGGCCUCUCCCGUGCCCACCCCAGGAGCAGACGAUACUUUUACCUCAGAUAACUUCCCAGACUUCCAGAGAGUCACCAUCAGUGGGGAUUACUGUGCUGGGAUCACGGUUGAGGAUUAUGAGCAAGCUGCUAUGAGUCUCUUUAAAGCCCUAACCAUCCGAGAGAAAUAUGCCAGGCUGGCAUUCCAUCGCUUUCCCAGAACCGCAGCCCGCUUCCUUCGCACUGCACAGAACAUGAAGUGGAAUGAGGAGGAUGAGGUCCUGCCAGAAAUCUGCCCCUACCCUCGUGAAGGAGAGGAUCCGUUCUCAAUGGAAGGUAUUCCUGAGAACCUGAACUAUGAGCUGAUGAUGAAGGAUGGCAUAGUCAAUGUUUAUGACAACCUUGAGGCCCUGAAGCAAGAGCAACCCAUCGGCCUGCCCUAUCCUGACCUUUUGAGCUUCACCAUUGAUUUGAGCCACGUACUCGCAAUGUUAGCCGAUGGGCCAACGAAAACCUACUGCCACAGACGACUGAACUUCUUGGAAUCUAAAUUCUACCUCCAUGAAAUGAUGAAUGAAAUGGCAGAGAUGAAGGAGCUAAAAAGUGUCCCCCAUAGAGAUUUCUACAACGUCAGAAAGGUGGACACACAUAUACAUGCUGCUGCCUGCAUGAACCAGCGGCAUUUGCUGAGAUUCAUUAAGAUGUCAUGCCAAACAGAUGCGGACCGUGUGGUCAUGGUGAAAGGCGGUCAGAAGAUGACUCUCACAGAAGUCUUUAAGAAACUCAACAUGAACCCCUAUGACCUCACUGUGGAUUCCCUGGACGUACAUGCUGGGAGACAAACCUUCCACCGCUUUGACAAGUUCAACUCCAAGUACAACCCUGUUGGAGCCAGUGAACUGCGGGAGAUUUAUUUGAAAACGGACAACUACAUAGAUGGAGAGUACUUUGCACGUCUUGUUAAGGAAGUGGCUGCAGAUCUGGAGGAGAGCAAGUAUCAGCAUGCUGAGCCCCGUCUGUCGAUUUACGGCCGAUCUGCCAGCGAGUGGGAGAACCUGGCAUCGUGGUUCAUCCAACACAAGGUCCACUCUCCCAACAUGAGAUGGAUGAUCCAGGUUCCACGGAUCUAUGACAUCUUCAAGUCAAAGAAACUGGUUCCCAACUUUGCCAAGAUGCUCGGGAACAUCUUCCUUCCACUUUUUGAGGCUACCAUCAACCCGCAAAAGCACAAGAAAAUCCAUGUGUUCCUCAGAUAUGUGACCGGGUUUGACAGCGUGGACGACGAGUCCAAACACAGCGACCACAUGUUCUCUCACAAAAGCCCGAAGCCUGAGGAGUGGACCGCAGACGAUAACCCUCCAUACACCUAUUACCUCUUCUAUAUGUACGCCAACAUCACGGUGCUCAACAACCUGCGCAAGGAGCGAGGGAUGAACACCUUCCAGUUUCGUCCCCACUGUGGAGAGGCGGGCUCCAUCACCCAUUUGGUCUCUGCUUUCCUGACAGCAGACAACAUUUCCCAUGGACUCAACCUCAAGAAGAGUCCGGUGCUGCAGUACCUGUACUACCUGGCCCAGGUACCGAUCGCCAUGUCCCCACUGAGCAACAACAGCCUUUUCCUGCAGUACUCCAAGAACCCACUGCGAGAGUUUCUUCACAAAGGCUUGUGUGUGUCUCUGUCCACGGAUGAUCCCAUGCAGUUCCACUACACUAAGGAAGCCCUGAUGGAGGAGUACGCCAUAGCAGCACAGCUGUGGAAGCUGAGCACCUGUGAUCUGUGUGAGAUUGCCAGGAACAGCGUCCUGCAGAGCGGCCUCUCACAUCAGGAGAAAAAACACUUUCUUGGUCCCAACUACUUAGAAGACGGCCCAGAGGGCAAUGACAUCCGUCGGACCAACGUGGCGCAGAUUCGCUUGGCCUACCGCCACGAGACGCUGUGUAAUGAACUCAGUUUUCUGGUGGACGCCGUGAAAACUGAUGCUGCCAUGAUUCCAGAGUCAGAGACCGAAUGAGUCCAAACCAUGCCGGGAUGUGUCUUCAGAGAUGAUGGGACAUAGAUUCUAGCUCACAUCUCUAUAAAUGCUGUUUCCUUGAUGUUUUUUUUCUAAAUGCUGAGUGCUUGUGUGUGUGUGUGUGUGUGUGGCCAUGUCUUUAAUACCUGGUGGGGACAAUUUCCUAGG